AUGUCUGACACCGGCCGCAAGGAUUGGUCCACCAAGGCUAAGGAGGAGAUUACUCCCGAUUCCUCCAAGUCUACCCAGGACAAGAUCAAGGAGACUGUCACUGACACCUCCGACCGCAUUGCUCGAGGUGUCCAGCCCGAUGACAGCAAGAGCAAGCCUCAGGAGGCUUUCGACAAGACCCAGCGUACCCACGACAACGCUGCUCACGGCGGCGCCAGCAACUCUGUUGGUGACAAGGUCAAGAACGCCCUUGGUCUGGGAAAUUAG